GAGGAGACUUGUGCGCUUGCCAUGACCUUGCCUGCAAACGACGCAUUUUCGCUCGGCCUUGCUCACGACCAGCAUCGCCGUUCCCAUUCUUUGUCGCGUUCGACGUCUCCGAAAGUAUCUUUCUCAUCUUCCACAAAAUCCACCUCCUUUUCGCCUCACAACAGUGUGCAGGCCAAUGGAAUGAAGAGAAACGGGAAGCGACGAGUAUCGUCUCGACAAAAUUCGCUUCAUCUUCCUGAUGGAGCUCCCAUACUUCAAGAUGCAUCGAACUCCGAUGAUUUACGAACUCUAGUACAAAAAGACACUGACAUAAAAUCUUCACGAAACACGCCCAACGGAGGAAGGACUAUAAAGAAACACGUUGACUGGGAGAUUCCUCGUAAAAUACUACACUCGUCUAUCGGCUUUUUUACCAUCUACUUGUAUACAUCACAUGGAUCACCCAGACACGUCGUUGUUGUCUUGAGUACCGCUCUUGCAUUUAUCGUGCCAGCGGAUAUUCUACGCCUACGGUACCCGACCUUUGAACGUACAUUCGAGAAGUGUGUAGGCUUCCUCAUGCGUGAAAGCGAAAAGAAAUCAUCUAAUGGCGUAAUAUGGUACAUCUUGGGUGUAAAUUUUGCCCUUUUGGCAUAUCCGCUAGACAUAGCGGUGGUUGCUAUUCUUAUUCUCUCCUGGGCCGAUACGGCUGCUUCCACAUUCGGUCGUUUAUUUGGAUCCUACACACCCCCUUUACCUCGUCGUCUUCCCAUUCUCUGCCUUCCUCUUGCCCCUCGCAAAUCUCUGGCUGGCUUCAUUGCAGCCAGUAUAACGGGCGCUUGCAUUGCAGCUAGCUUUUGGACCUGGGUCGGGCCAAUGCGUUAUUCCGACCUUAGCUGGUCAUGGGAUCAGGGUGUAUCUACUGCCUUUGUUACCGGCCAAGAACCUGUAAAGUCUGCACUGGCAAGUAUUGGAAUGUCUGGCAUCAAGGCAGGCGGCUGGCUGGGUUUAAGUGCUAUUACAUUAUUUGCCGGAAUGGUUUCAGGUGUCGCGGAAGCUUUGGACCUUGGAUCCCUCGAUGACAAUAUGACACUACCGAUUAUUGCUGGAGGUUGUCUAUGUGGCUUAUUUAAAUUCUUUGGUUGGUUUGCAUGAGGAUAGAUAUUAUU